UUACAUUUUAAACCGGCAUGAACCGGCACAAGCUGGUUAUACCACCGGUCGUACCAUUCCACUUGCCAAACCGACACAACGGUAUAAACCGGUUUGACAACCUUCCUUCAUGCACCAACAGUAGGCCUCUAAAACGGAAGUCCAAGUAUGAGUACAACUGAUGUAUCAUAAACCUCAGACGGAUUCUCCACUUUAAGCACCCGAGCCCGAUUACAUAUGGGCCGGAUUUGGAAAGUUUUUACGAAGCCCAGUAAAGACCGGCCCUAGUCUUCAGCCUGUUAAAAAAGCCAACGAAGAAAAGAAAAAAAAAAAAAGCAUUCUCUCUGCCUCUCCGAAGCUUUUUCCAGUAACGGAGGACUCACCGUCUUACUCGAACCAAUAUUCUUCUGAACGUCCGUUUGAAUUCCGCCUUUCCGCCCCAAAUUAACGCCCUUCGUUUCAAUCGCCGACCGCCAUGGAUCUUACCGACUCUUCCGCAGCUUUCCGCGACGGCGAUUCAACGACGGCGAGCAAUCUUUGGAUGUGCUCGCUCAUCGUGCCACCCACGGAUAUAUUUAGGUCACUGCCUUGCUGCAUCGAGGAUCUGGGACCAUCUCCUCUUACGUAAGAUCUAUCCUUCUGCUGAUGCCUGAAUUGCUUUCGAUGGGCUGUAUGGGAACCUCUGAUUCGAUGGAUAGAAGUUCGGUUGAUAAAAUUGUGUCGAAUUAAGUGAGCGUGGAGCUACCUUUCUCUUUGUUGUAAGAACCCAGUGGUUCCAUGGAUAUUGUUGUAGCUUAGCUUCAUAAAUGUCUCAAGAGAUGGUGAAGAAGGAAGCUCGGUUCAAUAAAUAUGAUGGGUUUUACUCUUCCAUUCCAAUUUGUCGCUGUUGUGGAAUUUGGAGGUAUCACGACUCCUUACCAUGUCAAAUAAUUUGUGAGGCAUCUCCCUACUUCGCUGCCGGUAACUGAGUUCUGAUGAUGAUCUUGCUUGUUAUCAUUACUUCGGGGCCAUUGCGACGAAGGAAUCAGGCAGGCUCUGUGGGUCCAAUGGCACCGCUGAUUGUGAAGAGGGGAGUGGACUUUUCAAAACAAGACCUUUUCUGCUCUGUACAUUUUGUUUUCCACAAGAACGCGUUUGCUUUGUGUGGACAGAAAGGUCUUAUCUCUUUCAUAUGGAAAUCAGUGGGCAGCAAUUAAGUCCCCGGUCUUCUUGGCCCAGCUAUAGAAGUGUUUCUUCUUGCUAAUAAACAAUCAGAGCUUCCGCAAGCACCAAAUUGAGAGCUCAAUGGCUGCUGCUCCUCCUUCAUUUUAUCAUCCUGGCUCCUCCUCCUCCUCCUCCUACUCCGGGAAAUGGGAAUACGACGUCUUCUUGUGUUUCAGAGGUGCUGACACCCGCCAUGGUUUUACCGGCCACCUCAGGGCUGCUCUCCACGACAGGCAAAUCAAAGCUUUCAUCGACGAUAUGUUAGAUAAAACCGAGAGCAUCGAUGAGCUGAUCUCCGUCCUCAAAAGAUCGGCACUCUCAGUUGUGAUUUUCUCGGAGAAGUUCGCAGAUUCAAGCUGGUGCUUGGAUGAAGUGGCCACCAUUUCUCGAAGCAUGGUAGAGUUCGGACACCGGGUGCUUCCCGUUUUCUACAAAGUUUAUUCAUCGGAUGUGUCCGAGGAUUCGGGAAGUUACACUGCUGCUAUUGAGCAGCAUCAUGGAUCUAGCGCAUCUCCAGAAGAUAGGAAGAGAUGGAUGGAUGCUUUGAAAGUCGUCGCUAAUUGUGCUGGCUAUACUUCACAUGCAAUCAAGAUUGAUUCUGAACUAGUAGAGAAGAUAGUCAAUGGUGUUCUGAAAAGACUCGCAGAGAUUUCACAUAGAGUUAAGUUUGAUCACUUGGUUGGUAUGGAUGCUCGAGUUUCCGAGGUCGAACAACUAUUAGCUAUGAAUGUAGAUGAUUUUCGCAUUAUUGGUCUUUGGGGGAUGGGUGGUAUAGGAAAGACCACUCUGGCUACAGCUUGCUAUCAAUCAUUUGUAUCAUCUGGAAAAGAAAUGAAGCAUCACUUUAUUCAGAACAUCAAUGAGAAGCUUGAAAAGCAAUCUGGAAUCGAAGGAAUGGUACAUGAACUCUAUUCGAUAUUAUUGUCAGAGGCUAACUUAAACUGCCACAACCUGGGUAUUGAUCAUAGAAGGGAGCGUCUUUCUCGUCUAAGGGUGUUCCUUGUUCUUGAUAAUGUGGAAACAGUACCGCAAUUGGAACAACUGUUGUUGGGAGAUAAGCAGGCUGCAAAUCUCUUUGGCCCUGGAAGCAGAAUUAUUGUGACAACUCGAAACCGAAGAGUACUUGAGAAUGCAGGGGCUCAUAUAUAUGAGGUGAAGCAUUUGCAUUCUCAUGAAUCGCUCCAGCUGUUUGGGAUACAUGCAUUUAAAAACUGUCUUCCGCUUGAUGAUUAUGUGGAUCUAUCGAGUGUCGCCGUAUCAUACUGCAAGGGAAGCCCUUUAGCUAUAAAGGUCUUGGGAUGUGCAUUGCUUAAUAAGCAACGAAGUUAUUGGAAGAGCUUCUUGUCUGAAUUGGAGAAAAAUCCAAAGCUAGAAAUUCUUGAUGUCCUUCGAAGAAGCUACAACGAGCUUGAAAUUGUCAAGAAAGGAGUAUUUUUGGAUAUUGCUUGUUUUUUUCCAGGGGUUCUGAAAUCUUUAGUGAUUAAUUGUUUUCCCACUAGUUACAUAGAGGAUUUAAUCGAUAAAUCUUUGGUUAGCUGUGUCUUCAGCAAAGGUGUAGAGAGAAUUGAGGUUCAUGACUUGCUAAGGGAAAUGGCUUGGGUUAUAGUUAAUGAGGAAUCAAAAUUUGAAAAUCGCAGUAGAUUUAAGAAUGCUGAUGAUGUUUACAAGUUAUUGGCAGUUGGAGAUGUCAAAACAUUAAGAAGAUUCAACUAUUUGAACAUUAUGAAAUCGAAAGAGAAGCAUGGGAGUGCCUUUGAGCCCGUUAGAACCACUGAAGGCAUCCUUUUGAACCUUUCCGAAGCAACGGAUAUACACAUGGAAGCCAACGCCUUUGAAAGGAUGACAUCUCUUCGUUUUCUCAAGUUCACCUAUUGGGAAAAUGAUCGUAGAGCUUCUAAAGUUCGUGUACCAUACGGAGGCCUUGUCACCCUUCCAAAUAGUCUGAAAUGGUUGGAGUGGCAUAAAUUUCCUUCAAAAUCUCUACCAUCAAGAUUUUCUCCAGAAAACCUUGUCGUACUUAAUCUACGUACUAGCCCACUACUGAAAAGAUGCUGGAAAGCCGAGCCACAACUUUUGAAUCUAGUGGGGCUUGACCUCUCUCGCUGCAUAAAUUUAGAAGCAGUCCCAAACCUAUCAGGGUCUCCGAAGCUGGAGCGCCUCUAUCUCGAGGGCUGCAAAAGGUUGAUUGAACUACCAUCUCACGUUCAAGAUCUGGACAAACUGAUAGAACUGGACCUCGAUGAUUGUACAAAUCUGCAGAUCCUUCCUCCGAAACUCAACUCAAAGUUCCUCAAUAAGGUUCACUUAUCCAACUGCCCCAAGGUCACUCGUUGUCCUGAGAUUAAUUCAACCGAGUUAGAGGUUUUGAAUUUAACGGAGACACCUGUCACAGCCUUGCCACGUGCAAUUUACAAUAUCAAGCUGGGUGGCCGACUGCGUCUCUGCGGCGAACACAUCACCCGCUUCCCCGCGAUCUCAACAAGCUUGGAAUUUUUUCGGUUGUGCCAUACCACAAUAACAGAGAUGGAUUGUUAUGAUGGUGAUGAUCAUCAUCAGCUGGCUUCUUUGCCAAGAUUUGCUCGAUUGGUGUUGAUUGGCAACCCCCAACUCAAGAGCUUGUCAAGUAACGUCUGGAACAUGGUCUCUCAAACGCUCAUUCUCGAAGAUUGCCCGUUGAUUGAAAGUUUGCCUGAAAUCUCACAGCCUGGGACUGGCUUAACUUCGCUUUCUAUAAGAGGAUGUUGGAAACUGAAGAGCUUUCCAACCGACAUCAACAAUCUGAAAUAUUUGCAGUUCCUUGAUUUCGUUGACACAGAUAUUGAGUCCUUGCCUUUAGAUAUUGUGGAACUUGACCAACUCUCCCAUUUAGAGUUGCGUUCCAACAAAAGCUUGGAGUUCGUCCCAAGCAACAUUCAUAAGCUUGCCAAGUUAUCCUACUUGUCCUUGGCAGGCUGUUCGAGGAUUAAAUAUUUGCCAGAACUCCCACCCAAUCUUCUAACUUUGGAUGUAAGUGGUUGCACAUUGCUGCGAGCAUUGCCAAGCAACAUAGGCAAGCUGAGAUGUAAGAAGCUGUGGUUUGAAGAUUGCCCGCAACUGGAUCCGUAUCUUCCUCAAGAAGUAGUGCUCAAUUUCUGUAAUCAUGCCAUGUCAAAUCUAUAUCCUCAGGGUGUUCUUCAAUAUUCGGCAAGCGAGAUUCCAAGGUGGUUUGCUUUCAAAAGCCCAAACUAUGCAAGUGAUUCAUGUAUGAUGGGGCAAUUGACUCUUCCAAACUGCACUACUACACGGCUAAUCAAGGGGAUUGCAUUUGGCGUUGUGUGUUCUUCGGAUAUUGGCCAAGUCAUGAUAUCUAUCACUUGCAAUUGCAACAUCGGCACCGGUGUCGCUGCCUCUUGGAGUUCUCCCGUUUUUUGUUUCGGCAAGACCCAAUCGGAUAACGUAUAUAUAUGGUAUGAGAAGAACUUGUUAGGUGAGACUGAGGAAAGCAUGCGAGAAGAAGCAGAGCCUUGGUAUGUGAGAUAUGCUGGGCUCACUGUUCUCUUCAGAUUUUCCCUUCAACCAGGCGAGGUAGACGAAGGCAAGAGAGAAGAUCCCAAGAGAUUAAAGCGCAUCAAAAUCAAAAGGACGGGCGUCUCUCUACUGUACUGACUGCUGAUAGGAUAGCCAGAUUGGUGGUCCAUGGGAAUGAGGAGAAUGGACAAACAAUUGUUGUUUGUUUCUUUGGAGUAAUUGUGCAUGUCACUUCUGUAACUUGUUUUAGACGUUUUAGAAAGAACACAGAUGAAAGAUUCCCCCACUCUAAUGGCUUCCUCCUCUACCAAAGCUUUUCGUGUGGCCUUCUUCAUCUCGUAAGGUCAUGUGCAGUGGAGAGUGGGAAUACAACGUUUUCUUGUGUUUCAGGGGUCACAUUUUCAAGUAGCCAACGCAUUGGUUCCCUCAGCUGCUGGAGUAGUGAGGAGAGGGAUUAUAAAUUGACAGCUCUAAUAUCAGGUUGUUUGAAGACGUUAACCAUGCGCUAGACGAUGAUUCCGGAAAACCAACCUGAUACCUUUGUUUGGCUAGAUAGGCCUCCUAUGUGUUUAACUAAUCUGUUGCAGCUCAACAAUGUAACAUCGGAUAAUGAUUAACAAAGUUUAAGCAGAUUC